CCAUCACCCACCUCACUCCCUGCCUGCCUUGGCCCUUGGCCCUUGGCAUCACCAAUGGCGACGGGUGGCUGAAAAAAACGGAGUCCAAGCUCCCCCUCCCCCAUGGCUCCCCUCGCCUCCCCUCCUCUCCCAUCCCGCGCCCCUGCCUUCCUCGCCGCCCCCGCCCUCCGCAGCGGGCGCCCUCCACGCCUGCUCAGCCCGUCGCGGUCCGCACCCCCACUCGUCUCCUCCGGCCCCGCAGGCUGCUUCCCCCGCGCCCCUCGCGCGCCCUGUACUGCCGCCUGCGAACGCCGCCGCGACACCGUGCGGACAUUCUCUCAAGCUGAUGCUGCUGGACCAGCUCCUUUGUCAAAGACUCUGUCAGACCUCAAGGAUUCCUGCUGGAGAUUUCUGAGGCCACACACAAUUCGAGGAACUGCUUUGGGAUCCAUAGCUUUGGUUGCUAGAGCCUUGAUAGAGAAUUCCCACCUGAUAAAUUGGUGGUUGGUAUUCAAAGCAUUCUAUGGGCUUGUAGCGUUAAUCUGCGGCAAUGGUUACAUUGUUGGGAUCAAUCAGAUCUACGAUGUUGCUAUUGACAAGGUAAAUAAGCCAUAUCUACCCAUUGCUGCCGGUGAUCUCUCAGUUCAGUCAGCAUGGUUGCUGGUAGUAUUAUUCGCAAUUGCAGGCUUUUCAAUUGUAGUGUCAAACUUCGGAACUUUCAUUACCUCUCUAUACUGCCUUGGCCUAUUUCUUGGCACUAUAUAUUCCGUUCCUCCAUUCAGACUGAAGAGAUAUCCGGUUGCUGCUUUUCUUAUCAUUGCAACGGUUCGCGGUUUUCUUCUCAACUUUGGCGUGUACUAUGCUACUAGGGCUGCACUAGGUCUUACAUUCCAAUGGAGCUCUCCUGUUGCUUUCAUUACAUGCUUCGUGACACUAUUUGCUUUGGUCAUUGCUAUAACCAAAGAUCUCCCUGAUGUUGAAGGGGAUCGCAAGUAUCAGAUAUCAACUUUGGCAACAAAACUUGGUGUCAGAAACAUUGCCUUCCUUGGCUCUGGUUUAUUGGUAGCAAAUUACAUUGCUGCUAUUGUUGUAGCUUUUCUCAUGCCUCAGGCCUUCAGGCGCACUGUCAUGGUCCCUGUGCAUGUUGCCCUUGCAGCUGGUUUAAUUUUCCAGACAUGGGUUCUGGAGCAAGCGAAGUACACUAAGGAUGCUAUUUCGCAAUAUUAUCGGUUCAUCUGGAAUCUCUUCUAUGCUGAAUAUAUCUUCUUUCCGUUGAUAUAGAGCCUAGAGAUCUGGUAGUUCAGACUUCAGAGUGGGCUACAGCCUAAUGAUGGGAGCAAAUCAAAAAGGGAGGAGUCGAUAAAGUGCAGGGGCGAUCAUAGUCGGCUGAUGCCCCUUUUGUGCAUAUGAAGCGUACUUGUUGUGCAUAUGUUGUACGGAAACAAAAUGCAGUGAUGUUUCAAGGAUCCUGGAGUUUUAGGAGCUUGGGAAGCUUUUGUCAUGCUGAGGGUGAGGGCUUUAACUUGUUGGAGCUGCGGUAGCUGGCUUUGGCACAAAUUCAACAGUGCCCCGUUCUGUAGGGUCUUGUCUGGGAGGGCUUGAGCUCAGGUCUGACGUCGAUGGAAACUCAAGCUAGUUCUGGCCCGAAACAGGUGGUGGUGCUGGUGCUGGUGCAGCGGCCAAGCCAACUAGCCAAGCACGUUUCUUGUCACUCGAGGUUAAGCUAGUAUAUAUGCGAGACAUAUUGAUGGCGUGCCCUCACGAGUCACGCGAAUACAGACCACGGACUACUAGUAUCCCCUUGGCUUAUACUGCAUAUAUAUUUCUUGAGCUUCAGCUGUACCUGUUGUAUAGCAGGAACCACUGUCUUUUCCACCGUUCGAUCUGGAAGGACUGAAAGUUCCUCCAUGUGUCA